AAUCAGUAGGUGUACAUAUCGAAAAUAAAAGAGGAUUUGGCAUAUUUACAUCAAUAGAAUUCUUACCAUGGGAUACAAUAGAAGAUAUAUUCAUCAAUGAAGUCAUAAAAGGACAAAGGGUGCUUUAUUGUCUUACAUUUAUUGUAAAGGAAUCAGUUGGUAGACAGAAUUCCAGAAGAUUAGUUCCACUGUUUCAAGAUCUAUUACCCGAAAGGAAAUGCCUGGAAUAUAUAUACGAACCCUUAGCCAAUUUGAUUGGCUUGACCAAGAGAAAGAGUCUCUGCUAACUAUUCCUGGUGCUUAUUGGCUGUGUCAUAAAAAAAAUAUAUACAAGUUCAUCUUUAGAUAUCAUCGUACAGUAAAAAAUACCGUACCAUUUUCAUACGGACGAGAACUAUUAAAAAUUAUACGAAAAAUUAUAAAAUGUCAUCCAACGCAAGGUCAACAAUUUGGCACGCAACACCUUCUUGUUACUUACAAUUGUACAUCUUGGACUCGACAAGACAAAAUGUUUGCAAUAAUGAAAUUUCAGCAACGAACUAAUGCUGCAACAUUUUCACAUGCAUUCGUAUUAACUAUAAGAAUCUUCCCUUCACUGGAACACUCAUUAUUUGAUUUAAAAUAUCCCAUUGUCAAAGAAGCUGAUGCAGGUACUACAUUUAAAGAUUUGAAUAUUUCAUUAGAUACUGAAGAGAAAAUUAGUAAUGUGAUAUCUGCCACUGAUAAAGAAUCUCCAAGAAAAGGUACAACAUGUCAUACUAAAGAAAUAUGUGCAAAAUAUGCUAUUGAGGAUAUAAUGUUAAGUAAAGCAUUGGAAACAAAAAUCAAUUCUUUCCAAGAUAACAUAAUGGAGUCUGCGUCUUUGCACGAGUCUGCGUCUUUGCACGAGAAUCUAGAUAAAAGAAUUGUAAAUGCCACAAUUACAACUGAAAUGCAGCAUUUUGUUGAUAAACAUAAUAAAGAAUUUCAUAAUGACAUUGAAAACGAUAAAUAUAUAGAACAUAAUACUGAAGAAUGUGAAAAAAAUAUUGAACAAUAUUCUGUUGAUUGCAUUCAAGAAGAAUCUUUAAAGACAAACAAAACAGAUAAAAUUGAAAAAACGCAGAAAAUGAAAGAAGAUGAAAAAACAGAAUUGACAGUAGCACAAAAGCAAAAUCAACAAAUACAAAAUGUUCAGACAUGUAAAAUAUCUUCCUCAUUAAAAUCUCUUACAGGAAUGAUAACAGGUAGCAACAAUGAAUGCUCGUUAAAUAAAUUCAAUGUUGGAAAAUCAAUAGAAAAAGAUGAUAAUUGUACCAUCAACAAUAAAGACAAUUCAAAUAAUAAUAAAAAAACGAUCAGUGGAAAUAUAGAUUCUACCAAUGUAUCACAUCAAUAUUUUAUUGAGAAUCAGAUAGAGAACUUAAUUAUUGAUCAGCCGAUACAAAAGAAUUUGCAGACCGAGAUAAAGAAUAUAGACAAAAAUUGUGUUCCAAAAAUGAUUGAAGAAAUUGACAAAUCUGUACGUAUUAACCAAGAAGAUUAUCAUAAUGAGACAAACUUAGAAUUCCAAAAAAAUAAUAGACAACAUACUAAAAUUUCAAUAGAUAUUGACGAUAAACAGUCGGAAAGUCAUAUGCAUAGUAAGUCCUACAAAGCUCGUAAACAAAGAAGUAGGGAAUCCGAGAAAAAAACCAUACCUGACAAAAUUUUGCGCUCUUCUAAUAUUACCGAUUUAGUAAUGGAAGGUUUAAUGUUUACUAUACGACAAGAUCAGGAUAGUGUAGCCGUCAUUGAACAAAAGACUAAAUUAGAAAUAGACGAGGUCCUAGAAAAUUCAGAGAAAGUUGAAACAAAAGCUGGGGAAAAAUGUUUAUUAAAUUCGAGCUUACUAAGGUUGGAGAAUUUAGUGACCAUGAUUGACUCUCCGCGCAAUAAAAACGAAAAGCAUAAAAAUCACCACGCAAUCAGCAAUAGUGUAAAUCUGUUGUCUUUUAAUGUUCUUCCUAAUGAUACUGUAUAUAAUGUAAAUAUUAAUGAGGUAGAUACAGGAAUAAAUGAAUCAAACAUUUCUAAUUAUGAUAGACAUAACGCAAUGAAGCAUUUAAAUCUGUACCAUUCACGGUGGCAACAUCAACGCGUUUCCUCUAAGAUUAAUAAUAAUUGUUCAGCAAGUGGAAUCUCAACGGAGAAACAGGAACAAUUAAUAGAAUGGCAGGGUAGUGAUGAUGAGCAAAAUAAAAAGUAUAAAAAUGGCACUGAUGUUAGAAAACGAGAACAUUAUUCUUGGGGUAGUAUUCCUGAAAUUUCGCCAUCUAAGAAAAUAAAUGUAGGAUUGCAAAAUACAGCAUCACUGAGUAAUAAAAAUAUUGAAGAGAUAGAUAAACAUGAUAUAUCGACGGAAGAACAUUGUAGUUCUUCAUUACCAAAUCAUUCAUUAAGUAAGAUGUCCACAAAAACAGUUUCUGUACUUUCUGAGGAAUCUAAUUCGAUUGAAUUAUCUCGCCGUGAGGCAAAUGUUCCAAGAAUAGUUUCGAACGAGUCUAUUACUAUUGAAGAAAUGCCACCAGCCUUGCAGAAGAUUUUGCGACACAAAUUCGAAGCACGCCGGUUUUCUUCAAUGACUAGCAGUGGAAUGUUGCAACGGAAUAAACAGAAAAUGCAAUCUAUGGCAUUAACAGAGGACACAAUUUCCAAAGUGGAUAUCUUGGAAGAUAAAUAUACAGAUUCCAACAUAGCAAAUAUUACAACUAGUUCAGAAAAAAUUAAUAAUGAUAAAACUUGUGCAAUGAUCAAUAAGGAGAUGAAUAGAGAUACACAUAUGAAGAAUUCGAAAGGAAAGAUCGAGUCUCAUCGUACUUUAAGAAGUUCAUCAUCAAAGCAUGAUUCACCAAGAAAAUUACAGGAUAUCACAGAAGAAUUUUAUCAUGAUUUGAUGCAUGUACACAACAAAGACAAUGCCAUUCGACAGAGAUGUCUCAGGCAAAAACAAAAAUCCUUGAACGAUCUCAAUGGCAUCAAAAGUGGUAAAGUACGUGUAGAAAUGUUGAAGUUUAUUCAGGACAUUACGGAAGGUGCUAGAGUGGUGGUGAAACGGCUAAAUAUAGAUAAUAAAUCUAAUUAGUGAAAAAUUUUAAUUUAAUUUAACAAUG